AAACUCUAGAAAUAUUGAUAUUUAUUAAGGAUGGCAUGGAAAAUGAAUAUAUUGAAACAAUUUCUACGGUUCAAAUAUCUCCAUUUCGAGGGAGCUCGAACGACUUGAUUGCUCUUAUCAUGAAUGAUACUUAUAUUCCAUUGAUUUGUCUUUAUGACAAAUCCCUCGAUAGUAGCUCUGAAGAUAUUUUGGAACAUGUAGCUUUAGAAACUGCAAAAAGAACCGUAAAAGGAGAGGACAUUUCUGGUUCACUUGCUAGAUUAAGUGUUAUUUCUUCACUCAAUUGGACUUCAACCGAUGUAGCUUCAAUAGUGUCCUCUCACAUCGGGCAUGUGUUAAAUAAUGCAACACACGUGUCAAAACAAGAAAAAGCCAAUAAUGGAUAUGUACGAAACAAAUUGUCUAUCGUAGAUGUUUCAAAUAUGCUUGCUGUGACUUCCAAUUUACUCUCAAAAGGAUUUUCAUCAAAUAUUACUGAAUUUUGUGAGAGUAUUUCCUCACUUGUGCUGAAUUAUCAAAUUCCACAAAUUUCCGACUCGCACGUUUUACAAAGUACGACAUGGGUAACUUCAGAAUUAAUUAAUGUUACAGUGGCUUCAUUUAGACAAGAAAAACAGUUGACAAGUGCAACUCAAUUCUCAGACGUUAAUCUCGAUCUCAAUUAUAUUCUUAACGAAUAUAACGGAUUUUCUUCCGAAGUGGGCCUCUCCAUGAUUAUCUAUGCAAGUGACGUGAAAACUGACAUAUAUUCGUUGAAUAAUUCCAUAGCCUCAUUUUCGAAAGAAUUUACGUUUUCAAAGAAUGGUGUUGUUGUUCCUCUUACGAAUCUUCAACGACCUAUAUAUAUUCAAUUUGACUCUCUGUUAACCAUUCACAAUUCUUCCGAUAUUUCUUGUAGAUUUUGGAACGAAACAACGCUUUUAUGGGAUAACAAUGGAUGUAAAUUGUUCUCAUUUAACAACAUAACAGGAAAGAUCACAUGUGAAUGCUCUCACACCACAUUGUUCUCAGCUUUUGUUGAGCAAAAUUCAACUUCUCUUUCAGGAGAACAACGAACUCAAGUCUCUUCCUUAUUUAUUACUCAAAUAAUUUUUGGAUGUUUGUAUAUGAUUAUAUCUUUGACGUUGUUUUGUAUACUAUUGGUGUUUAGAAAAGAACAACCUAUUACCAGUCGAGUAUGGACACCAUUUAUUGGAACCAUUGCAUUAUUUGUAAACAGUUCAUUACUCCUUGUCAUUCAAAGAAGCGUAUUAUUGGCAGGCCAGAACAAUAUGACUUUUCAACAAGUUGAAGAAACACCUCAAUCAAGUACAGUUCAAUGGGAAAACGGAGAUUUAACUUCAAAUAUCAUUGCAAAUAUUGUGACCAUUAUCUCAAAUACUUUAACUCUGACUGCUGUUGCAGCUUAUCUUUACCAAGUUAUUAGAUAUCAACUUUUGAAAUACUUUUAUGAGAAGAUGCAUCUAAAAUUCGAGAAGGAGAAAGUAGCAUUGAUCAAAGUUGUUAAGUAUUUCAUUUCUCCCAAAACCAUGGCAGUCAUUUUAGUCUCUUUUGGAAUUGGAAAUAUGGUUUAUUGGACCCUUUUGGUUAUUUUGAUAAGAUGUUCUGUAAUAUCCAGAUUAACGUAUACUCAUGUCGUAUCUAUCUCAUAUACAUGUCUGAUAAUUAUUAUGGGCAUUGGAAUUUGUGGUGUGGUACUUUUGGAUUUUAUAAUGUCAAAAAUGAGCUCAAAGAAGAAUUCCGAUCGAGUAGACAUUCCAAUCUCAUCCACAAUUGGAAAAAAAGAUUUCAAGACAAAUGUAGAGAAAGUUUUAAAGCCUCUUCACAAUUUCAUACACUGGCUGGUUGUACUAGAUUCUCCGCUUUUUUUCAGAGUUGAGAUGUUAUUGUUUAUGAUUUAUUUUGUUUGUCUCGUGUGUAGUCAAAUUAUUGGCCUUUCUGGACUUAGUUUUAGAGCAGCAAACAAUUCCAACAAUCCUAAUAUUUUGAAGAAUAUUCUUACAAACGACGCAAUUUCAUUAAUAUUCGAAGUACUUUACAUUAUUGUCUAUUUAUUUGUAUUUGGAGGCUAUUCUCUUGUGGUAGUUCUUGUUAACAAAAUUAAGAAAUUUAAGAAAAUUGGUCCAAAAGGCAACGAGGAAAAUGUGUUUAGAAAUAAUGAAAUGAUGAACGUGUUAAGACACACAGAAGGGAAAAAAUUGUUUGCCAAUUAUUGUAAAAAAGAAUUUUCUCUCGAGAACUAUCAACUAUGGACUGAUUUAGAACAUCAUGAAGAUAUCGUGAAAAACCAACCACUGAAAAAUGUGAAAGACUUCAUAUCGUUACUUUAUAGAAAAUAUAUUGAACCUAAUGCUGUCUCUGAGGUUAAUAUUCCCUCUGAAUGCAGAAAGCAAUUUAUUGCAAUGCUACAGAAACUUUCAACAAAUAACGACAACACCAGUAUUGAAUUGACCACCAACGCAUCCAAUGAUGCAAAUUUGGAAAGAGAAAAUGUGAAAAAAUGUUUGGACAACUUGUUGGAACAGAUUGUGUUGAAUCUUGAAGAUACCUUUUCUCGAUUUUAUUUUUCUGCAGAUUACGAAUACUUUUCCAACAUCAUGAAGAAGCAACAAGAAAUGAUGAUCCAAUCAAACUUAAUUUAA